AGAAGCCCGUACAGGAGUUCGACGCAUGGAGCACGUUCUUUAUAUCUGAAAACAUCAAGAAUAUGUGCCUACAGUAUACUAUGCGGCAAACUACAUCUUCUUUCUUGGCUAAUUGGACUCUCGAAAGUGGCUGAGCGGAAGUUCUUUGGGGUCGUGAACGCACUGCUGCCACAUCGCGGAUGAAAAGGGUCUUGCACCCUCUGCUGCGCAAUCCGCAGUAGAUGCAUGGAAAGGCUGUCGGCGAAGAUUGCGAAGCGCUUGUUCCUCACCGCAUUGCAAAGGUCGAGGUACGAUAAGUGCUCGGCAUUGUACGCGAUGUUGGGUGGUGGGCUUAUUUUAUCUGUCCCUGUUGCUGCUUUGGCCAAACUGUAGGAGACCACUCAGUAGCGAUCAGCUCGGUUGAAAACGCCACUCCGCUCUUGUGCGAGCGUAGUAUUCGUGCCUGAAGGCACCGCCAUGCCGGAUCACGGACGGGGACGGGUGCACCGUUUUCGCGACCAUGUCGUCGCCGGCGUCAACUGGCGACCGACGCGGUUCGUCGACGCGGUUCCCAGUUCAUGUGCAUGCGGCCUCUGCCGCAUGAUCCCAAAAAGGAUGGUGGUGUUGCCGUGCGGUCACGCUCUGUGCCAAUCAUGCCACGCAGCCAGACUGGAAGGGGGCGUUGGACAGUGUCCAUUGGAUCAAGUGCAAUUCGAAGAAACGGAGUGCCUCGGUUAUGAAUUCCCUACAAGGAUAGCAAAUAGUUUUAAGGUGUACUGCUGGAACGAAGAGCAUGGCUGCGAGUACAUGGGCACCAUGGACCGCAUGCUGAAACACUACGAGAACGAGUGCACAUUUCACACCGUGGAAUGUUUGCGAUGCGGCGAGGGAGUCCAGCACAGAGACCUGCCAAUGCACUACGUGGCCGGAUGCACUGCACGUGUUUCUGGCGGGAUCAGAGAGUGCCCGUCCUCGGAACGUACAGCAUUGACCCUUGAAGACGUCAAUGCUGCCCUUGAAGACCUAAAGGCGUUGUUGGGGGAUGCCAACCAUGACCGGCUGCUGCCAGUGAUCCAGAGUCAGUUGAAUGAGCUCACAGAACAAGUCCGAAACCAGGGAGCCAGAUUCGCUCUGGUUACUCGUGCGCUUGGAGCAUCUGAGCACACUCUGGAAAGUGAGAUUCCGCUGGAAAAUAGGCCGGAGGAGGCCAGCACGUCAUCGUCGCUGUCAUUGCGCUCGGAAAAGGCGCUGAUACUUCGAAAGUUGGAACACUUCACCAAUCUGUCAGUCAUUGCUCUGGAACGCUCGCGGCAAACUUUCCCGCAGCCUGAUUCCAUCGGCGUCAUCGCUCAUUGUGAGCCUUCGUACAGUGGCGUUCGCCAUUUUACCAGUGCUCUGUCAACGACACCCGCGCGGAUUAAAGAAAUUUGGAGCUUGGGUUAUGUUCUGACCCUGGAAAACUGUUACGAACUCGAUCGCUGGGAGGGACCCAUGACAAAGUUUGCCCAGAUUACGAUGUGGCACAUGAGGGACACUUACUUUACGCUUGCGGUCUGGAAGAACUGCAAUACUUCUGAUCUCAUACUGAAGAUCAAGUUUUGCGGGGUACUGGAGGAAUCUAGGUGUCUGCCUCCUAUUUGGCGCGUGAAGGUGUGCGAUAUUGUCGGCGUUAGGAGUCGUUUGUUGACUUCCUUUAAUGAGCCUUGUGACUGCGGGCAUGAUGAAACCUCAUUAGUACACUUUCACCUCGGCUUCAGGAAAGACAUUCAUUCACUGAAAAAUGAUGGUUUUCUUCGAGACGGAAAGAUGAGGUUCAAGAUCGAGCUCACACAUAGAGAAAUGAGUGGUGGGGUCAGUGGAGCACCUAAUUAUCUCCAUCACUGAAUGUGUACUGUACUACUGAAUGCUCCUUGCCACUUUCCGUGUGCGUGACGCGCGAUUACCGAAUUUUUUGUUGUGUUUUCUGUUAAAUAAUAUUAGCGCUGCUUAAUUUCCUCUUUUGAAAUUUUCUAUGAUUUGUAACCGUACGUCAACCUACUGUUUUAAUACAUUACUGGCUGUUCAUCUUGUUGCUUAGUUGUUGUGCUCCUACAGUUUGUGCUCCUUAUUAGUGUGCUCCUUUUGUAUUUAUCCUGCACUUUCGAUCCCUUUGGGGUCCGCCUCGAGAGUGUUAUCUCUAUUACUACCGCGCGUCUCCCUAAGCGAAUGAUUUCAAGGCAACGUUCCUGUUUGAUACUACGCUGUAGUACUGCUUGUUGCCCUGUAUUCGAUAUGCCCUGACGAAGUUAACGCAAGGACAAUUCACAUCUUCGCUAAUGUUGUUAAACCUAAGUUUAGGCAAGCUAUUUGUACUCCGCCAUCGAUCACACGAAAUCAGACCAUGUACGUUUACAGCACCUGGAUAGAUCAGAUAAUUGCUGUUGUGUGGAGUUAACGUCUUCAACACGCGAUGUCUUGUUUUUAUACUUCUGGAUUGACGUGCUGCUUGUACCAGAAUGGAGUUGAUGAUGAUGGCGAACCUAAGUCUUGAUAUGAGAGCUUGUGAUCUUCACAAUUUUACGGCCACGUCUGCCCGAAGCCGCGACAACACCUAAAGAACUGCUGGUGUUUACGAGAAAGCAGCUGUACACUGAAGACAAAAGCAUGAUUUUUUUUUUCCAUCCUGGUUGUGAGUGCGAUGAACGGAUAAACAUGCUGAAACGUG